CACACACACAACCCUAGUUUUUGUGUAGUGGACUUGAAACUUCUCGCUUCUUCUUCAUCAUCCUUGUUUCUCUUAGCCAUUGUCUGUCUCCUCCAUUUCUCUAUUUUUCUUUUUGUUUCAGACUGAUAAUGUAAUAUUUUUCCCAUUAAAUACCGGCUAAAUACUCUCCCUCCAUUAAAAUCGGCGUACUCUUAGUUUUCAGUUACGAUUUUUCAUGGCGUUUUUUAGAGAUUUUUUGCUCAGCAUUGCCAUUUCAUUAUUCUUGACGACUCUGUGUUAUGCUGGAGAUCCGACUGUGUACUUGAACUGGGAAGUCAAGUACAUUACCGUUGCUCCGUUAGGCGUUAAACAACAGGUUAUUGCUAUAAACAAAGAGUUUCCAGGUCCUAUUGUUAAUGUCACUACAAACAACAAUGUCGUAGCCAACAUUAUUAACGGCUUGGAUGAGCCACUUCUCAUCACUUGGAAUGGAAUCCAAAUGAGGCGUAAUUCAUGGCAAGAUGGUGUUCUUGGUACUAAUUGUCCAAUUCCUCCGAAUUGGAACUAUACUUAUAAUUUUCAAGUGAAAGAUCAGAUUGGAAGCUUUUAUUACUUCCCAUCUACUAAUUUCCAGAGUGCCUCCGGUGGUUAUGGAGGAAUUAUUGUAAAUAAUAGAGCCGUUAUCAGUAUUCCCUUUGAUGAGCCUUACGGUGAUAUCACUAUGCUUAUUGGUGAUUGGUAUAUCAGGAACCAUACGUCUCUAAGGAGGAGCCUUAAUGAUGGAAAACACCUUGGGAUGCCCGAUGGUGUUCUGAUUAAUGGAAAGGGACCAUACCAAUAUAACAGCACGUUUGUUCCUGAUGGCAUUGAUCAUGCUAGUUUCAAAGUCGAACCAGGCAAAACUUAUCGGUUACGUGUGCACAAUGUCGGAAUCUCUACUAGUUUGAACUUCCGCAUACAGAACCACAACCUGCUUUUGUCUGAAACAGAGGGAGGAUACACAGUACAACAGAAUUAUACUAACCUAGAUAUUCAUGUCGGUCAAUCUUAUUCAUUCUUGGUGACCAUGGAUCAGAAUGCAAGUUCAGAUUACUAUAUUGUAGCAAGUCCGAGGUUUGUAAAUGAAACAGUUUGGCAGAGAGUCACUGGAGUUGGUAUCUUGCACUAUUCCAAUUCCAAGGGCAAAGCAUCUGGUCCUCUCCCCCUAGGACCCCAAGAUGAAAAUGACAAGACUUAUUCGAUGAACCAAGCGAGAUCUAUUAGGUGGAAUGUCUCUGCAAGUGGUGCUCGACCUAACCCACAAGGAUCUUUUAAGUAUGGAGGAAUUAAUGUGACUCAAGUCUAUGUCUUGAAAAAUAAACCACCAGUCACAAUUAAGGGCAAACAAAGAACUACACUGAACGGAAUCUCCUACGUUAAUCCUGAUACCCCAUUAAGGCUUGCUGAUGAGUACAAAGUUAAGGGAGUGUAUACACUUGAUUUCCCGGACAAGCCACUAACCGGUGCAUCCAGGAUGGCAUCAUCUGUAAUCAAUGGCACAUACAGAGGAUUCAUGGAAGUUGUACUACAGAACAAUGAUACCAAAGUUCAGAGCUAUCACUUGGAUGGAUAUGCAUUCUUUGUUGUUGGCAUGGAUUAUGGUGAUUGGACUGAGAACAGCAGGGGCACUUACAAUAAGUGGGAUGGGGUUGCUCGAAGUACAAUACAGGUUUUCCCAGGGGCAUGGACAUCAAUCUUGAUUUCUCUAGACAAUGUUGGAUUUUGGAACUUGAGAACAGCAAACCUUGAUAGCUGGUAUCUUGGUCAGGAAACUUAUAUAAGGAUCGUCAAUCCAGAGGCUACCAAUGAAACCGAAUUAGCCCGUCCAGAAAAUUCCAUUUUCUGUGGUGCCCUGAAACAUAAACAGCAGCCUUAUCACGUAGGACCGAAGUCAGCUGCAACAUCAUACCGAUCAAAGUUAUUAUUGUCUUUCCUGACGCUCAUCUUUGCUAUUAUUGUUUAGUUUGUUGAAAUGUAGUUUUGUUUAUAUCUGAGUGUUCCAGGUUAAUUCGUUACAAGUUCUUCUUCUUUUUUUUAUCUAAACCCCCAAAAUUGCCUGUAAUUCUAAAUUUUUGGGAAUAUCUAUCAUUCAUUUUUUCUACUUAUAAUUUGAUGUAAUUGUGGGAAGCAGGAUUUUUCAAUACAUUUGACUAUUCAUACUCAACAUUUUCUUUGCUCUUCCACAUUUCUCUGUAAUUUUGAUUAAUUUUCUUUUCGAUGUUAUAAAAGAGUUACCUUGUGUAAAUUGCAA